GACACAGGACUAUAAAUUCCUGUCACAUGGAAGCAGCAAGAAUUGGGAAUUGGGAGUUUCAUUUUCAUUAAUUUUUAUUUCUCCCCUUUUCUCAAUGCUUUUCUUAAUGUUGAAUCCUUCACAAAUCGUCAAGAGUUAGCCCACCCAGAACAACAACGCGUUUCAGCUGGCCACACACAUUCUUAAUUUUUUUGGCUGGCCUAUAGUAAAAACUCAUAUCAAUGUCCUCAAGAACGUUGAGGAGAAGACUCCAUCAUGGGGAUGUUGAUGGCAAAAGGCAGGAGCAUUUGGAGACUUCGGGAUUAGAUUCGUUGAGUGAGCCCUUGCUGGCAGAUGAUGAUUAUAUUGAGAAUAAGAAGAUAUGUACUCUUGAAGAUCUAUGGGAUGAUGAGAGGAAGAAGGCCCAGUUUCAUUGGACAUUCAUAUUCUCAAACCUCAUUGCACAAUGGGCACAGUGGUUAGCAAAUGUUGUACUAGGAUCUGGAUCUAUUCUUGGGCGUCUUCUAUCUUUUCCUUCUGCUGCUUUAAACAUGCAAAACAAUAGGAUGCUUCCUCCAUCUCUAAGCCCUCUGCAGGAAGACAGGCUAAGAAACCUACGGCAACGGCUUGAAGUCCCCUUUGAUGGUUCUAAAGCAGAGCACCAAGAUGCACUUAAAUUAUUGUGGAAAUUGGCUUACCCUGACAGGGAGCUUCCUUCGCUUAAAUCAGACCUUUGGAAGGAAAUGGGAUGGCAAGGUUCAGACCCUUCAACAGAUUUUAGGGGUGGAGGAUUUAUUUCAUUAGAGAAUCUCAUCUUCUUUGCGAUGAAGUAUCCUGAUUCAUUCCAGCGAUUAUUGCAUAAACAAGAUGGAACCAGAGCUGAGUGGGAAUAUCCAUUUGCAGUAGCUGGAAUCAAUAUUUCUUUUAUGUUAGCACAGAUGCUGGAUCUUCAAGCAGGGCUUCCAUCUUCUUCGUCUGGAAUUCAUUUUCUCAAAUUGCUUGAAGAGGAUGAAAUGGCAUUUGAUAUCCUUUUUUGUGUAGCCUUUCAAAUGAUGGAUGCUCAGUGGCUAGCCAAGCGUGCGACAUAUAUGGAAUUUAAUGAUGUUUUGAAGUCCACAAGAACGCAGUUAGAGCGUGAGCUUGCUCUUGAAGACAUUUCCAGCGUGAAAGAUUUACCUGCUUACAACAUGUUGAGAUGAUUUGACGAUUGCCUUUCAGUUCAACAUUUCUCUUUGUUUUGUUUUUUUUCUCUUUUGGCAGAGAAUGUUACAUGAAAUGUAUCUAUAAAGCAUUUGUCAUUUUAUCUCUAUAAAGAAACGUGAAAAUCAAGUGAUAGUGGGAUCGCAAAUAUCAGAUCAAUCUUUUCUGCUGAUUUCCAUCAGCUUUGUAUUUAAGCGUGUCUUAGCAUUUAGGAAAUUCUUCAUAAAAUUUGUCGUCGCAAUAAUUACCAUAAUUCAAGUCUAUCAUACCAAGUUCCAAGUUU